GCAAGUUCAGUUGCAUUGCUUCACUUUCUCCAGUUCUGUUUGUGCAUUCCAAAAAUAUCAUGAAUAUUAUGACAUUAAAGAAUAUGCUGGUAUGCCCUCAUGAUCUUUCAUGUCUAGGUCAAUCCUCAACUUUGCAUAUUGAGGCAUUUUCACCCCAAUAGGCUGAGCGAGCCUGCUUCUCAGCCUCCAGGAACAAGAACAAUCACUAGAAAGGAAGAAAGAAGAGUUGGGAGUAGCAUAACAGAUGGAGGAUAUUUUCCAAUGGUGCAGGGAGGGCAAUGCCUUUCAAGUGAGAGUUUGGCUGGAUGACACAGAAAAUGACCUCAAUCAAGGAGAUGAUCAUGGAUUCAGUCCCCUACACUGGGCAGCCAGGGAAGGAAGAAGGAAUAUUGUGGAGAUGCUGAUUCAAAGAGGAGCACGAAUAAAUGCUACCAAUCGUGGUGAUGACACUGCCUUGCACCUUGCUGCUGCACAUGGUCAUAGAGAUAUUGUCCAUUUGCUUUUAAGGAACAAGGCAGACAUCAACUUCAUCAAUGAGCAUGGAAACGCUCCUCUUCACUAUGCAUGUUUCUGGUCAUAUAAUGCCAUUGCAGAAGACCUUGUCAAUGAGGGAGCCCUUGUUUCCAUAUCCAACAAGUAUGGAGAAACCCCUCUUGACAAGUGCAAGGGGGCCAUGGCAAAACAUCUUCAUGAUUUGGCUGUGGAGAAUGGACAAGAUUUGAAAAAAGUUGGCUUCAAGGACCAGAGUUGGUUGGGUCUCAAGACUCGAAGUCGUGAUGCCACUUUAUCAAGACAUAAGGGGAUUGCAUACAAUGAUCUACACCUGGAGGUGAAGAUUGGUGGGUCUCCUUCAGGAGAUGUUUGGAGAGGGCGUUGGCAAGGCAAUGAGAUUGUGGCCAAAGUGCUGGCAGUCAGAGAGAUAACACCACGGGUGCAGAGAGCAUUCAAUGAGGAGUUCCCAAAGCUGAGGAUAUUUUCUCACCCAAACAUCUUGCCAGUGAUUGGAGCCUGCACAGAGGCACCACAGCUGUAUGUCAUCUCCCAGUAUAUGCCACAUGGGUCUCUGUUCAACGUUUUGCAUGGAGGACGCACUGGGAUUGUCUUAGACAUGGGUCAGAUCCUCAGGUUUUCCUCUGACAUUGCCCGAGGAAUGGCCUAUCUCCAUUCACUUGAAAAACCUAUCCCUAGAGUUUUCCUCAACAGCAAGCAUGUCAUGAUUGAUGAGGACUUGACAGCAAGGAUCCACAUGGGAGAUGCCAAAUUUUCUUUCCAGGAGAAAGGAAAGAUAUUCAGUCCUCAGUGGGUUGCACCAGAAGCCUUGCAAAAGAAAGCAGAAGACAUCAAUGUGAAGGCUGCUGACAUGUGGAGUUAUGCCAUUCUCCUUUGGGAACUGGCCACACGUCAAGUCCCUUUUGCUGAAUACUCACCCAUGGAAGCUGGCAUGAAGGUUGCCUUGGAGGGUCUGCGUGUGACGAUUCACCCUGGGAUAUCUCAACACAUGGCAAAACUCCUCCGCAUCUGCAUGAAUGAGGACCCUGGCAAGAGACCUAAUUUUGAUAUGCUCCUCCCCAUUUUAGAUAAAAUGAAAGCUGUCUGAUGUGUCCAACUUUUCUCCCACUUUUCCCUGUCCUCAGGUUCCUUGUAAUUCACCUACCCAGAUUCAUUGCCCCUCAUUUUAAUCUCUGCAUCAUCCUCCUUGGCAGACCAUGACAGAAUUUCAUUUUGGAUUUUAUGAAAUGAUUAUAACAGAAUCCCUGGAACAAGUAGCAGAGGCCAACUAAGGAGAGCUCUUGUUUUAUGUCUGCAGGCUUUUUGAUCUUGUACUCUGUUGCAACUCUUCUUUCACUUCAAGGUACAAACUCAUGAAAGAUGAAAUAUGUAAUAUGCCAAAAGGAAUUGUGUCUCCAACUUCCUUGUAAAUGUUCACCCUUCAUUGUGUGUGAUGUUUGAAGUCAGCCAUGAAGCUCUUUUAUAUCAUAGUUGAAUCUCUGUGAUUCAGGUCAAUGUUUAUACAUUUCGGAUGACUCUGUGCCUAGAUUACUAUACUUUAGUACUUCAAAAUGUCCGUUAUGCAAUCUACUGUCUUACUGCUGAUGACUAUCCUUGAGAAUUGCUUUUUUUUGUGUGUGCCAUUGUUUUGUUGGUGAUGAUAAUAUCCUGAGACAGCUACAUUUUGAACACAUCUUGCAAACAAGAGGACUUCCCUUGCAUGCUUAAUAAAUAGUUUCCUUGAUGAAAGUCAGUUGAAGAAGAAUGUGUCAUAGAUGACAGCUGAGUGUUGAGAGGUGCUCUUUGAGUAGAUGCAAUGCUGAUGAUGUGUCUGUUUCCAUGUUCCUGCCUCACAAAAAUUGCACAAAUCAUAGUUUAUGUCUACUGUCUCACCUUGGUGCUAUCAGUGUUCUGAAAUUUUUUUCAAAAUUUUUACUACCGAAACUGGACUAUUGCCACUGUACAGAAAUUGAUGGAAGAGGGUGAGUGUUUUCUUUACUGCAUUUACAAAAUGAUGCAUGUGAUUUGUUCAUCCUAGAUUCCUUGAUGGUUGUACUUGUGCCUUAUCUGACUGCCCUCCUGCAUGUUGUUGAUUGGAUUUCAUUACCUACUAUUGAUAAUCACAUUUCAUGAUUGGAGUUUUUCAAAAAGUCUCAAUUGACUUUAUUUUUUAGUAUUUAUUUUAACAUAUGUUACCAAUGAAGUUACUUCCAUCUGACUCAACUG